CUCAUUUGUCUCACCUGUCUGUCAUUUGUCGAACUUGUGUCUCACCUGUCUCUCACCUGUCUUACCUGCAGGGCGGUGCAGCCCUCAGAGCUGGUCGGUAGUGUUUGGACCAAAGAGGACAAAGAGCUCCACUCACCGAACCUGCUGAGGAUGAUCCGACACACCACCAACCUUACACUGUGGUUUGAAAAGUGUAUUGUUGAAACAGAGAACCUGGAGGAGCGCGUGUCCGUCGUGUCUCGGAUCAUAGAGAUCCUUCAGGUGUUUCAAGAACUAAACAACUUUAACGGCGUCCUGGAGGUCGUCAGCGCCAUGAACUCGUCUCCGGUCUACAGACUGGACCACACCUUUGAGCAAAUCCCGAGUCGUCAGAGGAAGAUCUUAGAGGAGGCCCACGAGCUCAGCGAGGACCACUAUAAGAAAUAUCUCGCCAAACUGCGCUCCAUCAACCCCCCCUGUGUGCCCUUCUUUGGUAUCUACCUGACCAACAUCCUGAAGACAGAGGAAGGAAACCCCGACUUCCUGCGGCGGCACGGCAAAGACCUGAUCAACUUCAGCAAGAGGAGGAAGGUGGCCGAGAUCACCGGGGAGAUCCAGCAGUACCAGAACCAGCCGUACUGUCUACGGGGGGAGAGCGACAUCAGGAAGUUCUUCGAGAACCUCAACCCGAUGGAGGACAUGUCCGAGAAGGACUUUGCAGAUCACCUGUUCAACAAAUCUCUGGAGAUCGAACCUCGAAACGCCCGCUCUUUGCCUCGCUUUGCCAAGAAGUACUCCUGUCCUCUCAAGUCUCCGGGGAUCCGCCCUUCUUCGGCGAGGCCCGGCACCAUGCGUCACCCGACGCCGCUGCAGAACGAGCCCAGGAAGAUCAGCUACAGCCGCAUACCUGACAGUGAGGCGGAGGGCGUGGCCGUCUCAGCCCCCAACUCCCCACGCACACCGCUGACUCCGCCCCCAGCCUCCGCCGCCUCCAGCUCAACAGACGUAGGCAGUGUGUUCGAUUCCCCACAGGGUCCCAGCAGCCCCUUCCAUUCCACCUGCGACAGUAUCUUCUCUGUGGUCUCUCUGCCUCACGGUCCACGGUCCUCCUCGGUCUCCUCCAUGGUGAGUUUCAGUCGUGGUUCUGAGGAGGUUCCUGUUCCUCCUCCGGUUCCUCCUCGCAGACGUCCUGAGUCGGCUCCUGCUGAGUCGUCUCCGUCGAAGAUGAUGUCACAGUUGGACAGCCCCCCCGCAGUGCCGCCGCGCCAGCCCACCUGUAAGCUCCUUCCCACUCGUUACUCGUCGUUGUCGUCGUCUCCCCCGGACAGCCCCCCCUCUCUGCCUCCUCGGGAACCUCUUAGCUCCCCCCUGCACCUCCUGCCCCCCCUCAGGGCCGCCCGCCCCGCUGUGACCUGCUGCCUCAGGCCUUCUUCCCUCCACCUCCUCUCCCUCCCCCUGCGUCAGCUCCGCUCCCAUUGCCUCCUCACCCCCCAUCCCGCCCCCGUCACCCCCAGUCCCAUCCCCGCCUCAAAGAAGACGGCCCUCCCCUCGCCCCCCUUACCCCUCCUUCCCCUGGAUGGCCCCCCUGUUCCCCCCCGACACGGUGUUCCGAAACUUCCCCCUAAAACCUACAAGAGGGAGUCUCUGAGCCACGCUCCCCUGCUGGACACGCCCCCUGCCUUAUGAUUGGACAGCCUUGACUUCCUGUAAGGGGGGCAGCUGAUUGGACAGCCUGUGUGAGAGGCGGGGCCAGAAAUGGAAACACUACAGCUGAUUGGAUCAGAACUAAAGACAAACAUCUGAUAGGCCAAUCAAGAGGCUCUGAUCCAAUCUGGACUGUCAAAAUAAAAUGCAGAUCUUGUGCUCUUAUUGUGAAAAACUGACUGAUGUGGCCUCGGGCUACAGGACUCUGAGGACCCUUCAGGACCUGGACCAGAACCACAGAGGUACUGUGACGGUUCUGGUCUCCGAGUGGAUCCUCCAAUUAAAAAACGACAAGGGAACCAAAACCAGAA